CGUUGCAUCGAGAUGUUGAGGGAGACUAAAAGCCGAAGAAGUCGGUGGUUUUCCCAUCCAUCCAAAUCGAGGUUAUUGAGAUCGGAAUGAGAAUUAGCGAUCGCUUCGCAUCGCAAGAUUCUUUCGUGCUCGCGCGAUCGGGAGGAUGGAGCAACCUCAAGCGGAUCGGAGAGAGACUUACCUCGCCGCGCUCACUCUGGAGAUCCAGAAGAAGCUCCAAAAGGCCUUGAACAUGCCAGUGCAGCGGCCGAGACUGCUCGAAGUAUUGUUUGCCGAUGUGGCUUUGGAAGUCAAAGAUGAGGCUCGAGAUUCUACUUUACGUACAAUGUACUUAGCAGAGAUAAUAUUGAACAAGGAGGAAGAUGAAAUCACCAAAACUGAGCAGAGCCUGUGUUUCUAUGAUCUUCUUGCUGAUUACUAUGUUCAAGCUCCCCAGGCCGGAAAUAGUAUUGUUGAUUUAAUUGUUCAACUCUGGAGCCAGUACUUUGUGUCACAUAUAUUUGCUCUCCUAUUCCACAAAUGGUUAUUCGAAGUUUCAGUUGAAAACACUGAAGUUUUGUUACGAUAUGCAUCUGCCCUUGUCCAAGGUUCUUCUAAUAUUUUCUGGAUUGAUAUUCAGACAAAUAGGAGGAGAUUUUUAUCCUUGUUCAGGUUUCUCUUUGAGAAGGUUGCCAUUGUACCACAUGAAAGAAAUAAGAUAGCAGUGCAGGCCCGUCGAGACCUCUAUCUUCUUCUCUCGAGAUUCUUAUUCUUCUACAAUUUAGAUGAUGAUAUGCUAGAAACUUUUAUAAAACACUUUCCUGCCUUCCCAAAUGCCUUUCUGAUUGGAGGUCCAGCAGAUGUUUUCGUAAUUGAGAUCACAGAUCAGCUUCAGAAGUUAAAAGUGGAGCCAGUCGUUCUACAUUAUAUCUCUCGAAUGAGUACUCUUCAAGGACUAGAGUUGAGAAUGACUACGAGUACACGGCUAAAGGCUUGCCUUUACAGCUUUACUUCACCCGGAGGCCCAAUGUAUCCAACAAGAGCCGUACGACAUGCAGCCUGGGAAACGUUGGAUCUUCUCUUCCCGGUUGGUCGAUAUCCGCGGCAUGUGAUAAGCCUGUUCUUCCGGUUGCUGUAUCCAUGGUGUUGGCCUUCUUCUUGUUGGAACUUCAUUAAGACUUGCAUUAGGGCUUUUUUUUGCUACUUCAUCAACAAAAUUAUUGCAAGUUGGGAGAAAAUGAGGAGACCGGAUACAAAGAGUUCCUAGGCUCUACACUGCCACGUAUAAAUGUUUUCCGCUGUGUUUUUUUUUUUUUUUUUGAUUUUCCCACUUAAUGUUCAUCGCGAAUUACAAUCAAUUUUCAUUGAGGUGCGGUGGCUGUUAAAUAAUUAUAAAAAAAACACACUAUUUUUUUUAUGUGACACUCAAUUAAAUUUUU